GAUACAUUUAAAAAGCUGAUGAUAACCAAUAUUCUCUAACUGAAUUCUUUUUUUUACUUUGGAUUAAAAAGGAAUUCACUUUACUUAUGAGGAAUAUUAAUAAUGGGAUCUUGGCAAGUAUACGCUAGGGAAAUUGUUGAGAUUAUUCACUUUUAUGGCGAGUUAAAUGAAACGGAUUCUGUAUGUUUCAUUGAAAGAAUUUCAUUAGAUCCUAGUAAACAGAAUAUAUCAAAGUAUUUAGCAAACAAUAAAUAUCAAAGUCAUCAUUCAAAUGAUCUGAAAAUAUUGAAGUUAAAUGUAUAUGAUAAGAUCAUUAUAUAUGAAUGUGUUGGUCUGAAGAAAGAAUUCUUCGAACACGCUUUAAAGCAUCUUGAAAAAGCAGAAGGGAAAUUAUUGAUAAUCAAGAAACUUCAAAAUUGGAUUGGUAAAUUUAAUGACGAACAAUGUGAACAAUCUGCUAUCGAAAUGAAUUCUUUGUUUAAAGAUUUAUUAGAUACUGGUUUCAAUAUUCAGUGGGACGUAAUCGAUUUACCUAUCGACAUAAACUAUAACAGAUGGUUUGAAAGUGUAAGCUAUUGUUCAGAACGUUUAAUUCAUAAUAUGAAAGCGUCUCUAAAAUAUAUUCCACUGGAUCGUGAAAAUAUUAGAGUGAAUGAACAACUAUUAAUAAUUAUCGCUAGUCCGAAGCUUCCUACAGAUUGUGAAUUCAAACCGAUAAAGCGAUCACUAAAGUCGAAGAAUAAAUCAACUAAUAAAUGCAGUUUAUAUCAAAACACAACUGAUGUAUGGCCAUUAUUUGUGACGCAGCAACUGAAGACUAUAGUAAACGAACAAGCGCGUGAAAUUAUUUUAAAUUCAACAAAAGAUAAAGAGAAAGUUAGUUUGAUCAUAAUUGGAUUUAAGAAAUACAUAACAACAUGA